AUGUCGUCUCCAGUCGAAAUUCCAAAGCAGCACAAGGCUGCCGUCUAUGACAAACCUGGAUCUGUAUCGACCAGUAUGAAACUGGUCCAAACGCCGCAGCCGGGAUUUGGCCAGGUUCUGAUUAAUCUGACUCAUUCCGGCGUCUGCCACUCGGAUUUUGGUGUAAUGACAAAUUCUUGGAGGGCGCUGCCAUUCCCAACCCAGGAGGGGCAGGUCGGGGGCCACGAGGGUGUUGGUGUAGCUGUGAAACUUGGACCUGGAUGCGAGACUUCGCAAGUCAAAGUGGGAGACCGCGUUGGGGUCAAAUGGGUUUCUGCUGUCUGUGGAACAUGCUUGCCUUGUCUUUCCGGGUCCGACGGCCUCUGCCUACAUGGAAGGAUAUCAGGCUAUUAUACGCCCGGUACCUUCCAGCAGUAUGUUCUUGGGCCUAUUGAUUAUGUGACCCCAAUUCCAAGGAGUGUUCCCUCCGAGCUGGCGGCACCUAUGCUUUGCGCCGGUGUCACGGUAUAUGCGGGUCUCAAGCGAAGCAAAGCACAGCCCGGUGACUUCGUCGUGAUCUCAGGGGCGGGAGGUGGUCUCGGACAUCUCGCGACCCAGAUCGGAAGUCGUGGCAUGGGGCUACGUAUAAUUGGAGUCGACCAUGGUAGCAAGGCCGACCUUGUGAAAACAAGCGGUGCAGAAGCAUUUGUGGCCGUGACCCAGUUUCCGAAGGAUGAUAACGGCGCUGCUAUCGCCGAGCAUGUCAAAUCCCUAACAGGAGGUCAUGGUGCCCAUGCUGUAAUUGUUUGCACAGCAUCCAACGCCGCGUACGCGCAGGCAAUUCCUAUGCUGCGAUUUAAUGGCUCCCUGGUUUGUGUAGGGAUCCCUGAGGGCGAUUUAGUGCCCAUUGAGACAGCAAGUCCGGCCCCCCUUGUGUUCAAGCAGCUUUCGAUCGAGGGAUCCGCGGUUGGAAAUCGACGCGACGCCCUUGAAGUGCUGGAAUUUGUUGCCCGUGGGGUCGUAAAGCCUCAUGUUCGAACAGAGAAGCUGGAAAAAUUGACGGAGGUUUUUGAGGAAAUGCAUCGUGGUCAGCUCAGCGGAAGGGUGGUUGUAGACUUGGCUUGA